UAAUUUUAUUUAUUUUACAUUGUUGAACGCGAAUCAGAUAGCUGGUGGAGGUUGCUCGCGGAGCGCCAGUAGAUUACCUUUCCACAGGUUUACGUAAAGGUAAAAGUGUUCCCAAAUCCAAAAAUCCGCCAGUGUGUCAUGAAUAAACAGUCAUUAUCCGGCCACUGAGGUCAGGUGUGUUCCCGAGAUGAACGCAGUAUAGGUAGAGUGCGCGCUGUCGCGAGCAAAAAAAUAAUAGUGCCAAAUUUGAAUGCCGUUUAUUGAAUUUCUGUGAUAAAUUUGUGAGCCAGUGCCCAGUUACCCGCUGGCGAUUUUGGGAUGUAUCGAAACGUAUUUUGUGAGAUUCAAAGUUUCUGAUCUUCACGAUGUGUAACACUUGAGUUGAAUCCUUGUAUUCAAUUGUGGAAAGAAGAAGAAAAUGUGAUUUUAUAGCAAAAAUGGAAAGUGGCGCCCAACCAGGCCUCUUGGUUCCACCCAGACCAAACGGGACCUUGUUCCCCAUCCCUGGCCUACCCAGAGAUGAGCCGAAAGUGGAGCCUUGUGCCCACGUCGACACCCACUAUGAUCUCACGACCGCAGCAAUUUGCUGCGGUUACAUCAUGUUCGGCAUCCUGUACACAUUUGUGGGUUACAGGCUCUUCAAGACAGUAAUGUUUCUCACAGGAUUUAUAUUUGCGUCAAGCCUGGUCUACCUGAUAUGUUUGCAGGGGGAACUGAUGCCACCCUAUGGGAAUGCGGGUGUAGCAGUAUUUGCAGGUGUUUUAUUCGGUCUGAUAACGAUGUUGGUCCAAUACGUGGGUCUCUUCAUGGGUGGACUGCAUACGGGCUUCCUCUUAGGGUUAGCUGGUCUCUUAACAGCUGACCACUUCAUGGAGACCUCCCCCAAAGGGUCGGUUUGGAUGUGUGUUGGUGUUCUUCUAGCCUCGGCUCUUCUCUUCGCCAUUUUCAAUCUUUAUUUCAGGAAAGGAUUGACAAUACUAGGUACCGCAGUGUACGGUGGUGCCAUCUUGACAGCAUCGAUGGACUAUUUCGUCGAGAAAUUGUCGAUGAUAGCCUGGCUCUGGCAGAGGGUGUCUUUGAGGCCCGUUGAACCACCCCCUUGUUGGUUCUCUUGGAUAGUGUUGGGCGCAUGGCCUUCGUUUGUGAUUGUAGGAUUAAUACUCCAGUGUGCUAUAACCGGAAGGGGGAUACAUCAUGAUGACGUUCAAGCAGGAAGGAAGAAGCCCAGAGGCCCCAGUUUGAGGGGAAAGACCAGGGAGGAAAGAGCCGAGAUGAGACAGAAGAAGUACAGAUAUCUGUAUCAAGUUCGGACGGCGCAUGGCGAUGUCAUCAGCCAGAAUUUCGUGCAGGCCCUGCAGAAAAAGGAACCAGAAAUCCAGGGGGCUGGAGAAUGCAGCACCCUUCAAUCAGACGCCACCAAUCUCACCAUUUUACCCGACGCACAUCUGUCGGUUCUCACUGAGAGUGAGGACGACAGCCAAAUGGAAGUGAGAAACGCUAGGCGUUAAACGCAACAAGAGUUUUUAUUCCGAUUCGUAACGUAUGACAAUAUAUUCAAAGGUUCUGACGAGGACUAAAAAGUUCAAGGACAGAGUGGAGUGAAUUAUUGACAGAUUCCGUAUUUUGACAGGAGAAGGCGUCCGGAAAUCUUCCCGCGCCUUUGACGUAUGACGCGUUUUUCUAUGACAAUUUCGAUUCCGAAUUUAGGUAUCGCGUUUUCGAAAUGUUACGGCGGAGUUUUGCCCUGCUAACACGCAUAAAGCCCUGGUGUUUUUAUCGAGCAAAGUUCAGGAAAAACUUGGCGGCACACACAUAUAAUCUGACAUAAGUCGAGGAUGGGCUAACGAUGUCAAACAGUAAUGUCAGAAACAUACAAAUAUGGCGGAAAUUUUGCCAUUAACUGGCACCGUGUCGCCUAAAGAUUGAUUCUAUUAUGUGACACUAAACACACCAGAGCUUUUAAGUAUCUCACGCCGAGCUUACUUUUAAAAAGGCACAAAAACCAAAAUGCUAGUUCGCUCAUAUAGACCAAGCGAUAUUUCCGAUAAGGUUGUCCGACAAUGAACGCAAUCAACGUAAAGCAAUGAUUUAACGCCAUCACGUACAAGACCAAAAAACUCUCAAAUUGUUCGGAUGUGAAUCUGCUUUUUUAUGGAUUAUUUCCAAUAUAUCAUGACAAAAAAGGCAAUCUUAUCAAGGAACUAACAUCUAAUUACCCUCAAAGGCACAAACGAUCAUUUUACGAAGUGCACUGGGUCUUAUGAUCUUAAAACGCAAUGCUCAAAGUUGAGAUUAACAUUUCUCAGUAAUUGUCCAUAGAUUCUAGUUAUUAUAAAUAAUGUGAUUCUCAAUAAUGCCCCAUUAAAUGAUCGGCUAUCAAUUCAUUUUAUUUCGUAGAGGGGGCUAACCGCCGAAUUUCUUUAAACGACGUUUAACGAAAAUUUUCAGCAUAAACAAUGGUCAAAUUUACGCAAAUCUUGGAGAGAAAUGCAAGGAGUACCUCUACAGUUCAUCAUUUUCUAUAUACACUGCGUUUUGGUGCAUCUUAUUGUCUCCUCUUUCUAAAAUAUUAUUAUUUAAUUUUUUAUUUUUACUUCGUGCGUUCAAAUUCUUUAUUCUUUUUGAAUACGUAUCCGAAUCAUUUCAUGUUGUUAAUAUCGCCAUUUUUUUUCACACAGUGGAAGUAGCUCUGCUCCACAGUCCAUGAAAAAAGGUAUAUAUGGAAAUACCUAAACUCAAAUAUUAGUCCAAAUAAAGUGUGAUAAUUAUUUAUUGUAAUCUGUCAAUUGUACAUAGACUUUUGAUUUUCUUGUCGUAACACGAAAGUGUAAGUAUAUUUCAAUAAGAUUAAUAUGUCUGCAUCAACAGACGAAGAAUAAUUUUCAGUUUACUCAUUCAAGAAAUAACGUCAGUCAUACUAACCUUAUUGAAAUUUUCAUACCGUCUCCAUAGCUAUAUCGUAACAAGAAUAUAUAAAAAAGAGACGCAAUAUAGGAUCUCGGAAGUACUUGGGUUUCGCCACACACUACGUCACCCAGCACACAUUGACGUAGCUAUCAUAAAAUUGAGCGGCGACGUGCAAUAUGCUACGCCACUGCUUAUAGGCCCAGUUCUGUAAAAUUGAGCUUGCCACCUAAUACGUCACCACCCUGACGUUUUGUUUUGAACUGAACUGCGCCUCCUUUCUAUCUCUUCUUGUCUCGUACUUUUUCAUUUAACAUUCCGCUUUUCUUUGUGUUCCUUUAUGUCAUCACAUACAUGACUAAUUUACGUUAUUGACUAUAGUGUACGCUAAUUUGUGUCAUAUGUCACCCUGGGAAGCUUAAAUUGGCAUCGAUUCAAAUUACAAACAAAAAAUGGAAGUGCCUUUGGCAUAACCUGUACGCGAAGUAUCUCAGAGACCAAAGGUCCGGAAUUUUUGAAAAUUUUCAAAUAUAUAUGUGUUGUUAUAUCCGCUCGAUGGUUUUUGUUGGAUGUGUUAUGGAAGAUUUUUGGAAGAGCAGUCGAGGAUUUAGUGAGAUGUUCUCGUUAACACCGCAAUUCAUUCAAUCAUCACUGAAAUGGCUUCAGGAAACUACUAAUGAACAAUGAACCUAUAAAAGCUUUUCCAGUAGUUCAAAUAGUAAUUGGUAAAUUUUCCUGCAGAAAGCUUAAAGAGAGUUCAAUUUUUCCUAUUUUCAAUCAAGCUGUCGUUAAGAGAUAAAUUAUUCCGACUCAAUAUCUUAGCCCUUGGCACAUCCUGUACAUUUUGAGGAUGAUAGAAUGAAGUGGGGCAAGUAUGAGAACCUAAAAAACGAAUUUAUGAGAAACAUCGAGUAGAGAAAGAAAGUAAUAAUCAAAACGAUUACGUUUUAGUUGUUUCGCGAAGGAAGAAACUGUGUUCAUUUAUGAAAUUAUUAUAUUAUAAUUGUGUGAUAUACCUUUGUACAUAUAAGUAUUUACAGUGAGUAAUAGAUAUCGAUAAAAUCAAAUAUUUUAUUCAUCGAGUUUAGAUGUAAGAUUAUGGAUCCCGAAAGAGUGAUUUUAAUCCUUGUGUAAGUUGGAAUCAGAUCUUUGUAGUAAUAUAGUUUGUGUAAAUAAAAACCGAAAAUUUCAAGAA